AUGAUUGCUGGCCAUUCGUGCGGUUGCUCCUGCUUUCGCUGGCAAAUCGGAUCGAUCAUGCUUUCCUUCGUAAAGGACGUCAACAACGACUUUAAGUAUUACGUCUACAAUGAUGCGCAUUUCGUCAGCCGACAAGUAGGUAAGAUCGCCUCGUCAGCUAAAACGUCCAGGGAAAACAUCGCCUAUGCAGGCCUGGGCAUUUUAGCGGUUUACCUGAUUUUUGGCUACUUCGCUGAACUCAUUUGCAACUUCAUCGGAUUUGCGUAUCCGGCUGUUUUAUCCAUCCAAGCCAUUGAAUCAGCAGACAAGAAGGACGAUACGAAAUGGCUCACCUACUGGACCGUGUUUGCUAUAUGCUCACUGAUAGACUUCGGAUCGCAAGCCAUCAUGCGGUGGUUUCCAUUCUACUGGCUAUGCAAAUGCGUUUUCUUUCUGUGGCUCUACCUGCCAAGGACAGACGGCGCUCAGGUGUGCUACAAGAGGUUGGUCUUGCCUUUCAGCAGGAAGUAUCUGAAACAUUCUGAAGCAGUUGAAGAAGAGGUAAUUUGUCAAAGUCUAAAUUUCAAGGAAAAUAUUAGUUCUCAGCUUUUGCAGUUUCAGGCAGGAGACAAACUGAAAUAUCUUUGA